AUGUUUUACUCUCAUCAGCUUCUAGCUCGGCAAGCGCCGUUAGGUCAGAUAUGGAUGGCUGCGACGUUGCACGCGAAGUUCAAUCGGAAGCAGCUAGACAAGCUCGAUAUCAUUCAAAUCUGCGAAGAGAUUUUGAAUCCGUCGGUUCCAAUGGCUCUCAGACUCUCUGGGAUAUUAAUGGGUGUGGUUGUGAUCGUGUAUGAAAGAAAAGUGAAGCUCCUAUUUGAUGACGGAACUCGCUUUCUGGUUGAAAUUAAUGGAGCCUGGCGCACAAAAGCUGUUCCGGAUCCCACUUUACUACCAAAAGGAAAAAACCAUGCCAGCAAAAUAGCUGUUACGUUGCCUGAGAACGAAGAAGCGGAUUUUGAAGAUGGCAAACAGACUCGUAACUUACCAAAGUUUUCCAUGCGGUUAGAUGAACCCAUUCUUGAGGAUAACCAGGAGCAGGAAGAUCUUGGACAGCAAUUCCAUCAAGCUGAUGCCGACAACAUCACACUCUUUGACUUUGAGUAUCAUGGUUCAUACCAGACUGACACCGAGAGUUACGACCGUUUUGAAAGAUUUGACAUCGAAGGAGAUGAUGAAACUCAGAUUAACUUCAGUGCAAGAGAAGGAGCUCAAAUACCUACAACUCUCAUCCCAUCACCACCUCGUCAUCAUGACAUUCCUGAAGGAGGCAACCCCACAAGCAAUCAGCGCCAGGAGCAACAGGAGCAUGUUAGGGACGUAUUUUCUGAGCAGAUGGAGGAACAAAACAUACCGGAUAGAGAGGAACACGAUAGAUCACAGAGAGCAAAAAGAAGAAGAAAGACAGAUACUUUAAAGAUGGACUAUGAGCAGACUAUUAUGAGCAGAGUAUUGUCGCUUGUCCCACUCUGUCGUCACAUGGAGUUCAUGCCUCGCAUUCAAAAAAGCCGUGACCGUGAAACUGGAAUAAGUUUUGAGCAACAUGAUAGCAUGAUGCUGACGGAUGGGUUUCCAUAUAGAAAAGUAUCCUGGGGGAUAAUACCAUCAAAGGAGGAGAUACUUAAAUUUGCGCCUGUAGAACGCAAAGAAAGUGGUGAUGUGGUGUGUGGUGAAGAAAAGAAGAAAAAGAUUCUUCCAAGUGGCAAAGGGGCUGGAAACGAAGAAGGUUCAUCGCUAAUUAAGUCAGAGGGUAGCAAUGAUUUAUAUAAUCUAGUUUGCUUCAGUCGAAAAUACUUUGGUCUGAUUGUGGGCGUGGAUGACAAAGGUGACGGUUACAAGCGGUUAGAUGAACCCAUUGUUAAGGAUAACCUGGAGCAGGAAGAUCUUGGACAGCAAUUCCAUCAAGCUGAUGCCGACAACAUCACACUCUUUGAGUAUCAUGGUUCAUACCACACUUACGAUCGAUUUGAAAGGUUUGACAUCGAAGGAGAUGAUGAAACUCACUUCAGUACAAGAGAAGGAGCUCAAAUACCUACAACUCUCAUCCCAUUACCACCUCGUCAUCAUGACAUUCCUGAAGCACACCAAGGAGACAAAGGUAGCAUGUAUUCUAUAGGCCAAAGACUGAGGAUACGUGUGGGUCCGUUGAAAGGGUACCUCUGCCGUGUAAUAGCUUUACGCUAUUCUGAUGUUACUAUGACAAGCGGGAAUGUGGGGACUGGUUCCUUUCCACCUUUUGACACGCUUAGAACUGAAGGCGCAUGGCGUAAUCAUGGAGGCACUGGUGGUAAUAAACAAGACGAUGGAAAGUCGUCUAGUUUGAGUGGAAUUUCCGGCGCUGCCAGUUUUAACCCAGGUUCAGGUUCAUCAGCAUCUCGAGAAGGCAAAGGCGAGAUUAAUGAAGAUGAUGAUUAUACGUGUCAAGGAAAACGUGGAAAACGUUCAAGGCUUCUACAAGACAUCAGAUUGGAUCAUGGCACAAUCGUUUUUGUGGAUUUUGAGACAGUGGGAUUCGAACCUUCGUUAAAUGUGCAGGAUCAGCUCUUAUCCAACAUUUUGGCUGCAGUUCAGGGUCAUGAUAAACAGCACCAGAAAUAUCACCUAGCUGGGGUAAGAGGUUUUGGAACAACCGAAGACUUUAGAAGAAUGGAGGACAUACGGAAAAAAUUGCUACGGCUAGGAAUUGUUCUCCAUACAUAUCACAAACGACACAUGCUAUGCGGUGAUUGUCAAAGAGAUGUUGCUCAAGCUGGAGACAGGGUAAAGAUAGGAGAGCUGUUACAAAUCUCCUUGAUUGAGAACAUCUGCAAACAUGCACUGUUCCUGAAAAGGCCGAAGGUGGAAAAUAGUUCAAUCGCUAUCCUCUCAGGGGAUAAGUUUUUCAACGAAACUGUCGUCUCAACGUUGCGGCACUGUGGCAUAGAUGCAUUCCCCAUUCUGCCUGAGGGAGUUUACCGAAAAUCAAUGACAAAAAGAGUUAGGACGGGAAGUGUAUACUCUCAGGCAUCUAGUAGCAGCAGCGGUGGAGAUCAGGCAAGAUCCUUGAGUGGUUUUAAGGGUUUAGAGAUACCGAAGAGCAUAUCUAAAUCCAGAGACCUUCAUAUCAUUUGGGAUUUUGAAAAUUCCUGGGUCGACCAAGGAGUUCAAGUUGAUACGCUCAAGCAAAAGAUCGAGGGUUCUCUCAAGCAUCAUGGAGAUUUUGAGGUUAAGAAAAUAUUUGCUGUUGGACCCGAUAACAGAGAUUCUAGACUGCUUGAGGGAUAUUCGGAUUUCACAGUAAUCAAAACCCCUAAUAUUGGGAAGAAGUGUGGGAGGUGCCCGAGAGUUAUCGUAGGUGGAUAUGACGAAGAACUCCUUAUGCGAACUACGGAUAUUGCCGAUAGCUACGCAAUAUUGCUGAUGUUCGAGUUAGCUCUUCUCGGAGAAAAUCGCGUUCUGGUAGUAACUCGUGAUGGUGACUUCUCACCGUCAAUCAAAUACCUGAAUUAUAUGGUGGCAAAGACAGAACAUGGAUCAUGUGAUAGGUUGGAAGGUAAGCUGACAUUCGAGUGGGAGAAAUUGCAGAAAGAUUGA